CAGCUUUGAAUGCUUUAUUUCAGGGUUUUUCUUCCGUGGAUAAAAAGUGAUGGCAAGAAGAGAAACUUUGAAACCCUCUUCAUCCAGAUAUGAUUCUCCCUUCUACUACUGAACAGCGAAGAGGAUGUCAGAGAAAGAGGUUUCCCUCUCUGCACACUCCACACUGGCGAUGAGAAGUCACUGAAGCCAUGACCGGAGCAAAGGAGAACCAUGCUCUGUUUGGGCUGGAUGUUUCUUUGGUUUGUUGCAGGAGAGAAGACCACGGGAUUUAAUCAUUCAGCUUGUGCCACCAAAAACCUUCUGUGGACAUAUUCUGCGAGGGGUGCAGAGAACUUAGUCCUAUUUUGUGAUUUACAAGAGCUUCAGAAGCAAAAUUUCUCCCAUAUAAGUCAACUGUCACCCACACAAGGUCCUGCUCACAAACCUUGCAGUGGUAGUCAGAAGGACCUAUCUGAUGUCCAAUGGUACCUGAAGCCUCGGAGUGGAAGUGCACUACAGAAGAUCAGUAGAAACUCUCCUCAUACGCAGAACAAAGGCAUGCUGCGUAUAUUAGCCCCUCAGAUGGACAGCAUCGGGUCAUAUAUUUGUAGACCUAGAAUUAGGAGGCCCCAGGAUAUGGCUUGUUGUAUUAAGAUAGUCUUAGAAGUUAAGCCUCAGAGAAACAUAUCCUGUGGGAACUCAGCACAAGAUGAGCAAGUCCUACUUCUUGGUAGCACUGGCUCCAUUCAUUGUCCCAGUCUCAGCUGCCAAAGUGAUGUACAGAGUCCAGAGAUGACCUGGUACAAGGAUGGAAGACUACUUUUGAAGCAUAAGAAAAAUCCAAUUGAUGUGGAAGAUAUUUAUGAUUUUCACCAAGGCUUAUAUGUAUGUGACUACACCCAGUCAGAUAAUGUGAGUUCCUGGACAGUCCGUGCUGUGGUUCAAGUGAGAACCAUCGAUAAGGACAUCAACGUGAAGCCAGUCAUUCUGGAUCCCAUUGCAGAUACACUGGACGUAGAGCUUGGAAAAUCUUUAACUCUACCCUGCAGAGUCCAGUUUGGCUUCCAAAGAUUUUCAAAGCCUGUAAUAAAGUGGUAUGUCAAAGAUUCUACACAGGAGUGGGAAAUGCCAUUAUUUGAGGAAAAAAGGAUUCAAUCCACUUUCAAGAACGAAGUCAUUGAACGUACCGUCUUCUUGAGAGAAGUCACUCAAAGAGAUCUCAGCAGAAAGUUUGUGUGCUUUGCCCAGAACUCCAUUGGGAACACAACACGGAUCAUCCAGCUGAGGAAGAAGGAAGGGGUGGUGUUUGUACACAUCCUCCUCGGCACGGCCUUGAUGCUGGUGGGCGCUCUGGUGGCAGCUGCUUUGCUCUACUGGCACUGGAUUGAAGUUGUCUUGUUAUGCAGAACCUACGAGAACAAAGAUGAGACUCUCCGGGAUAAAAAGGAAUUUGAUGCAUUUGUAUCCUAUGCGAAUUGGAGCCCUCCUGAGACUGAAGCCACAGGAUCUCUGAGUGAGGAACACUUGGCUCUGAAUCUUUUCCCAGAAGUGCUAGAAAACACAUAUGGAUACAGCUUGUGUUUGCUUGAAAGAGAUGUGACCCCAGGAGGAGUGUAUGCAGAUGACGUUGUGAGCACCAUUAAGAAAAGCCGGAGAGGAAUAUUUAUCCUGAGUCCCAGGUACAUCAAUGGACCCCAUGUCUUUGAACUACAAGCAGCAGUGAAUCUUGCUUUGGUUGAUCAGACACUGAAACUAAUUUUAAUUAAGUUCUGUUCCUUCCAAGAGCCAGACUCUCUUCCUUACCUUGUCAAGAAGGCUCUGCGGGUUCUCCCCACAGUCACGUGGAAAGGCUUGAAGUCAGUCCACGCCAGUUCCAGGUUCUGGACCCAAAUUCGUUACCACAUGCCUGUGAAGAACUCCAACAGGUUUAUGUUCAACUGGCUCAGAAUUUUCCCGAAGGGCUUUUCCUCUGAAAAGAACCAAGUGACGCAGAAACCCCUGGGAGGAAUACCCAAGGCAGGGAACAGCCACGGAGCUCAGAACCGGAAAGCCGGAUGCAGGGAACAGCCACAGAGCUCAGAACCUCCUUCUCUCCAGCCAUCAGAAGAGGUGCUGAUGGGCAAACAGAAUUUGCUGUGUGGAUCAGGCUGAUAGAAUAUUGAGCCUUUCUGCUCUCAGCACCAAGCAAGCUUGGCAGGCAGUGGAAUGAAGCAGCAUCUGUGGUUUUAGGGUCUGAGUUCCUGGAACAGAUAUAGAGAAUAAUAUCCAGACCUCUGCUGUGAGCUCAGCACACAUUUCCCUGAGAGUUUCCAAGUAGCCUGAGCAGAAUCAACAGAAAUAGCUCCAUAGGCUGUCCAACAUGCAUGCAUGGCCAUUUUGCACUAUAUUUAUGAAUUUAUCAUGUUUGCGUUAUUAUAUGCAAUCAGGUAAAUAAGAUUUUAUUUUGUUAGUUAUGAGUAAUUGAAACUCUGUCUAAAGCCCUUCUGUUAAGAAGUUUUGCUGCAUGUUUAUUCAUCAGCUCUACAGUGGAGGAAUACAUAGACUCACAGAGCACAGAAUAGAUACGAUCUUCUGGGUCCCUAUGGGACAUGACUACUUUGAAGGCAUGAACUAGGUUUAUGUUUCUAGACAUGCCAUUAAAUAAUGUGCAUGGGAUCCAUUGUUGGCAGAAAAUAUCAUGACUCACAAAUGCUUUUAGUGAGCUCAUCCUGUGUCCAAGCGUAGAAAGGUAUACUAUAGAAUGAAUGGCAUUCAUUCCCCUUGUGUCUAAGAGACAGAGAGUCGGAUUUCUUUCCUGCUCAGUACUGUAAGUGAAAGUCACUUCACUAAUCACUAGCAUCAGAAAAAAUACUCAACACUCAGAGUGUCAAAAUUUUGAGUCAAGUUCUUCUAAACUGUAUAUAACAGAGAGGACAGAGCCCUCCUCUUGGCUGGUACAAUCUGCACAGGAUUUGGGUUUAGGAACAGGAUGGAGCUAAUUACAAUUUCUCCUAGUUUCCUUGGCUAGAGACCUUUCGUGCAGAAAUCAAAUCUUACCCGAGUCUCUGCAAAUAGAGACAGAUUUGUCCUAGAUCAUUAAUCUAAUUAAGACAAGGAAUGGAUUCAUAGUUAUCGACAACCUGGAGAGGUAGCAAUUGUCAAGCAGAAACUGAGGCAUAAGUGCACAUACUCGUUGACAAGCAGGAAGAAUACAACUUUUGCAUGAGCCAUUUACCUGCUGAGAGUGGUACCCUGCAUGGACACUGAUUGACUGAGUGGUCUUAGGGGAAGUCUUCCUUGGUAACAAGAUGAUGAGUUUAAGGGCUGGGUCAUUGUUUUGAUUAACAAGGUGAAUUUGAUUCUCAUAAGUGGGUCCUGUAGCUAAAACAGGGUUUCAGUUGAUGUUGCUGUUUGUGACAUUUGAAUGCCACCUUUUCUGAUGGAACAAGGGUGGUUUAUCACAUGGGCAAUGAAGGCGGCACCUCAUGAACUGGCUCUCAUAUCAUGAGUCACAUCCACUGUGGACCAAAUGAGGUUUACAGGCAGAGUGGGUCAUCCGCUGACAUCUGACCACUUGGUGCCUGUGUGAAAUGCUCUUCUGAUCCUUCUUCGCAGAAGAACCACAUCAUAAAAACCACUUUGGCUUUGGCGGUAAGCAGCAUCCUGCCUGGAACUCUCAGAGCUAAAGAGGAACCAAAGAGCAUAAAUUAUCCCUGGAGGAAGUUUUUGUGGGAAGGACUGCUGUGGGAUUGCAGUGGGGAGGAACCCACACUUGUUGAACCACUGUGCCCUGGUUAUGGCCAGGUUUCCUGGGUUUCUUGUUAGCCUCUCCCUGAGAUCAUAGACUCAGAAACCUCUUCUGGCCAGUGCAGCUAGGUUUAUCUUGUUCUAAGAUAAGUAAGCACCCAAGCCUUUGGCUUUACAGCUCCUCAGCCUUGUACAUACAUGAAGGCAAAAAUAUUCAGUCCAUGUUUAUAGAUUGUCCUCUUUUCCAUAGCUAGGUACAGUGAGGAUGACAGGUUUGCAUUUGGGGCAAAAUGGUAUUAAUAUUUACCCCAUACAUAUCAACUAAAACAAGGGAUAUAAUUGAAACAAAAUUCCUAUGUGUGGAGACAUUGGCUGAGCAGCUAGACUCAGCAGAGUGAAAGCAAAGCCCUGUUUCCUCACUGCACCAUCUAGAUGAGGAAGCCAUGUAUCCUGCCUCUUGUUUUUCAUACAUUGAACAAAUAUAAUGGUCACCAUGCUUUAUUUCAGUAUAAAAAAGCAUCGCCAUUUGAGAUGGAUGCUGUCCUUCAUGGACACACUGCAGACCUGCCCUUAUGGACUCUGUAGGGUCUCCCAGACUGUUCUCAGAGACAGUUCUCAAUAACAUUCAUUUUAUUCCCAGGUGGACACUUCAAGUAACAAAAUAAGCACAUACAGUCCUGACUACUGGCUUGUUUUAUGACAGCUAGAUAUAAGCUAAAGCAGUUUGACUGAGAGAGCACCCCCACCAUAUUGGACUGUGGGUAAGCCUGUGGUACAUUGUCUUGAUUGACAAUCAAUGCAGGAGGUCACAGCUCACUGUGUACAGUGUCACCCCUGGGCUGUUGGCCCUGGAUGCUAUGAGUAAGCAGGCUCAAUAAGCCAUAAAUGGGAAACCAGUAAGCAACACUCUUCCAUAGCUCUGCUUCAGUUUCUGCCUCCAGAUUCUCGGCUUGUACUCCCUGGACAAUGGACCUGAGAAUUGUAAGACUGAAUAAACCCUUUUCUCCCCAAUUUGC